CGAAAGAUGGUGUAGUCCACAUGAAUUAUUGAGGAAGGUGGAAUCGAGUCCAACUGUCUGGAUGGAGAAACAAGGAGGGGCGGUAGCUCAGGGAGAGUAUGACAAAAAUAAUCAGAGUCCAAAGAAGCCAACGGAUCGUGAACAGUCAGAAUCUCACAUUCCCCCUGCAAAUGAGGAGGAUGGAAUCCCAAUUUCUACGUCAGGAUUGCUGCAGGUGGUGGAACGAAGACAGCCGCUCAGCAGUGUCUCAUCUCUCGAGGUGCACUUUGACCUCAUGGAUCUGACUGAACUCACUGACAUGUCUGAUCAAGAGCUUGCAGAGGUUUUUGCUGAUUCUGAUGAUGAGAGUCAACCACAUGAUUCAUCUGCAGAACUGAACCAACCAUUGAUGUAUCCAAUUAUUUCACAUGGAACACAUUUAAAAUCCCCUUCAUGGACAAGAGCCAAGAGUGAACAGACCCAUGAUAGGAAGCACCUGAAUGACCCAGAUGCUCCUUUGAAGAUGUCAGACCACUUUCAGACAGUUGAAACACACAAGAAACCCUAGGGACAAGAGAGGAGCUUGUUUCUGUAUGGAACUAAAUGUGCAGUGCCGAAUAUUUCUACUGCCUCAUUCAUGAUUGUUCUUCCUCUGUGCUAUUCUUUGGUUUUUAUCUAAAUUAACAAAAACAGAUUUGCACAAUCUGUCCCUGCAGUGAUAUUUCUACCCCAGGUCAUCAAAGCUGUGAAAAUCAAAGUAUCAAUUGCACUCCAUUCUCAUGCUUUAGGUGCUGUGUACGGGACAGUGCUGUGGCCUUCAUAGGAAAAUAUCUGAAGAACUGAAACUUUGUAUUGCCUUGAGUAACUCAAUCAGGUGGCUUCAUUUAUCAUUUAAAAAAAAAUUCUCAUAUCAUACAUGGUUAUAAAUUUCAAGUCAAAAGCUGUCACUUGGUGUCAAAUGGAGAGUAUUUGUUCUCAUUUGGCAGCUUCAGUGGGAUAAGUCUGACACAUUCUCCAUUUCACUUCAUACAUAGGUAGUGCCUGCAAAAUGCACAUCCUAGGGGAGGAGAAUGCAGGCAGUGAAUGCACAAAAGGGGGAUUAAACCUAUGCAAGAUAGGGAAUCUCUCGCCUUUGACGGUUAGAAGAACUCUUCCACUGCAAGGAAAGCCAAGUAAUUCAUAAGUGUCUAUUACAUUUUCUCGACUGAGGUAUCAAGAUAAAAGAGAAUCUUCAUUUCUCAGGCAGCACCACUGGGUAGGAUGUAAAUUGUAUCAAGUGUAUUGGUAUGGAGAUUAUCAUUAAUCUAUUGGACUAAAAUAAUUUCUAAAUCAGUGGUUUUCUUUUCUAGUUCCCAAGCUUAGUAAUACAACAUUUUGUUUCCUGUUACAUUUAUCCAUUUAAUAAGUAAAUGUCCUUCCUGCCCUGACAUGUGAAAAACAUAUUCAUUGAAAGUAAUGGCCUAGCUGAGCCAAAAUAUUAACUGAUUCCAUGUGAUUUACUUACAUGGGUAAAGAAAAUGAAUUCAGCUUUAAAUUUUGUUGUACAAAAGCCAUUACUCUAAACCAAAAUAUUGCACUAGCUGAACUUGUGUACAAAUGAGCGAUUUGUGGCUGAUGCUAACUUUAUUGUUCAGUAAGCUGUCCUUGUAAGUUAAGGUUUGUCUGUGUGACCAGAAAGCUGCUCUCAUUUCCUUUCGAAAAGAAUAAUCAGUUGCAUCCCUAUUCACACUAUUUGAAUGCUAUGGCUUGAACCAGGUGCUAUACCAAUUGAGAUAGACUAUUUACUUUAAAGCCUACGUUAAUACCAAAACACAUUAGGAUCAAACAAGCUGCAAUUGGCUUUGUGGUAAACUGCCUGAAUUUAAUGUUAUUAUUUGCAAGUUUUAAAUUAACUUUAAGACUUGCAAGUGAUCUUGAAGUUCUAGUCAUCUUUUAUAUUGGUUUGUUAAAGUCAUGUUAUAAUGAUAGA